CCAUGGGCAGAUGCCUCGAUUCCAAAUGUGACCUGAAGACAGGAAGUCAAGACCUGCAUUGGAAUGAAACAGCAGGUAGUAUGGAGGGAGCACUGGCAGAGGAAGAGCAUACAUUUCAACAGAAUAAAAGCAGUAAUAGUAAAAACAACAGCCACAGCAACGCAAUCCAGAAAGAAAUCACACUGCCUUCAAGACUGAUCUAUUAUAUCAACAGAGACUCUGAAACCCCUUACCAUAUCCUGGAUACUAGAGCAAGGCACCAGCAGAAACACAACAAGGCUGUACAUCUGGCCCAGGCAAGUUUCCAGAUUGAGGCCUUUGGCACCAAAUUCAUCCUUGACCUCGCACUGAAUAAUGAUUUGUUAUCUUCCAAUUACGUGGAGAUUCACUAUGAAGAUGGAAAGCGGAAGUUUUCUAAGGGUGGAGAGCAUUGUUACUAUCAUGGAAAUAUCAGAGGUAUCAAGGAUUCCAAAGCUGCUCUCUCAACUUGUAAUGGGCUUCAUGGCAUGUUUGAAGAUAGUACGUACUUGUACUUGAUAGAACCAAUGAAUUUGACCCACAGUGCAGAAAGUAAAAGUAGGCCGCACAUCAUCCAGAGAACUUACGGAACGCAAGCCUCCAAGCAGUUGCAAGAUCUUGAGACUGAAUCUAGUUCUGAAUGGCCCUUCCUAGCUGAAUUGCAGUGGCUGAGGAGAAAGAGAAGAAAGAGAGCAGCAUCUCGUGGUAUCUUUGAGGAGAUGAAAUAUCUGGAGCUCAUGAUAGUCAAUGACCAUAAAAUGUUCAAAAAACAUCGUUCUUCAAACGCAUACACAAACAAUUUUGCCAAGUCUGUGGUAAACCUUGUGGAUGCUAUAUACAAGGAGCAGCUGAACACCAGGGUGGUUCUCGUUGCUGUGGAAACCUGGACAGAGAGAGAUCGUAUUAAUAUUCACCCUGACCCUCUGCAGAUGCUUCAUGAUUUCUCCAAAUAUCGACAACACUACAUCAAACAACAUGCUGAUGCUGUCCACCUGCUCUCGAACGUGACAUUUCAUUACAAAAGGAGCAGCCUAAGUUACUUUGGAGGGGUUUGUUCUGUGACCAGAGGAGUAGGAGUGAAUGAGUAUGGCCUCCCUUUGGCCAUGGCACAGGAAUUAGCACAAAGUCUUGCUCAGAACCUUGGAAUACAGUGGGAGCCAGCAGCCAGGAAACCGAAGUGUGACUGCACUGAAUCCUGGGGUGGUUGCAUCAUGGAGGAAACGGGGGUAUACCAUUCCAGGAAAUUCUCCAAGUGCAGCAUUGCAGAAUACAAAGAAUUUUUGCUUCGUGGGGGAGGUGCCUGUCUCUUCAACAGGCCAACAAAGCUGUUUGAAACUACUGAGUGUGGAAAUGGGUAUGUAGAAGCAGGAGAAGAAUGUGAUUGCGGUUUCCGAAUGGAAUGCUAUGCAGACUGCUGUAAGAAGUGUUCCCUUUCUAAUGGAGCUCACUGUAGUGAUGGACCCUGCUGUAAUACAUCAUGUCUUUUUUUUCCACGAGGCUAUGACUGUCGAUAUGCGGUGAAUGAAUGUGAUAUUGCAGAGUUCUGCCCUGGAGAUUCUGGCCAGUGUCCGCCAAAUCUUCAUAAACAAGAUGGAUAUGCCUGUGAUUCUAAUCAGGGCCGUUGCUAUAAUGGAGAAUGCAAGACAAGAGAUAAUCAGUGCAAAUAUAUCUGGGGAUCUAAGUCCUCAGGAUCUGACAAAUUUUGUUAUGAGAAGCUCAAUACAGAAGGCACAAAAAAGGGAAACUGUGGGAAGGAUGGAGACCGAUGGAUUCAGUGUAGCAAACAUGAUGUUUUCUGUGGCUUUUUGCUCUGCACAAAUCUUACUAAAGUUCCACGAGUUGGUCAAGUUCAAGGAGAAAUAAUCCCAAAUUCUUUUUAUCACCAAGGGCGCAUAGUGGACUGCAGUGGUGCUCAUGUUCUUUUAGAUGAUGAUACCGAUUUAGGUUAUGUGGAAGAUGGAGCUCCAUGUGGUCCUCACAUGAUGUGUCUGGACAAAAAGUGCCUGCCAAUUCAGUCCUUGAACAUAAGCAGCUGUCCCAUUGGUUCUAAUGGAAAAGUCUGUUCUGGUCAUGGGGUGUGUAGUAAUGAAGCCACUUGCAUUUGUAAUUUCUCCUGGGCUGGGACAGACUGCAGCAUUGAUGAUCCUAUCAGGGAUACCGGUAACAAGAAGGAUGAAGGACCCAAGGGUCCUAGUGCCACCAAUCUUAUAAUAGGCUCCAUCGCUGGUGCCAUCCUGGUAGCAGCUAUUGUCCUUGGGGGGACAGGAUGGGGCUUUAAGUUGUCAGAUGUUCAUAUGUACAUACGGUACUGUGGUGUCAAGUCCAAAUCAAACAAAUGUCAAAAAACGAAGGUUCGAUCCAAAUCAACAAGGCCCUAUCUGAAGAAACUUGAUUGAAAAAGCUUCUCCUUGCACUACUGGAUUUUGGGUAUGAUGCGUUUGCUGUAGUUGUGCAGGAAAUAAAUCAGUAAGGAAGAGCAUAAAGAAACCAAUAACUAUAGACACAGUCUUGGGGUGCUGGGAAUUGGGGUGAUACAAAACUGUCGUUUUUGGAGAUAAGUUCGAAAUACUUCCUCCGUUCACCUUUCUCGUUAAUGUUAACAGACAAGUGUUACAAGCAAACUGUUUCAAAAUCAGUUUUUUUUCCUUUUCUCCAACAAAAGGAGGAGAAACAGACCAAGUGCAAUAAGAGAACUCUUUCAAAAUAAAGAAAGAGCGGAAGAUUUUUUUUCCCAGCCUGCUGGUACUCUAACUUCACUUGAGUUCGCAUGACUUCCUUUUUCCUUAUCAAAACUCCAGUGGCAUGAGGAGCUAAUUUUCGAAAGGGUAACCUGCAUGGCUCACAAACCACCAAGCUAGCAAGCUCACCCCAAGCAGAACCUGCAGCCCGAUAAGUACAAACCACUGGGAAGCCGAUAGUAGCCUCUGAUAAAUCUUCCAGCCCUGCAAGCGCAUUCUGUCUCUGGACUUCAGAGCUCCCUGUUCUGUGAGCUUACUGUCCGCCUUGUUUCGUCUCCUGAGCUAGGAGUCUGUUGGGCAUGGGAGCUAUGAAGUGAUGGAUGUAUAGUUCUUCCAGGAAGGAAAAGGUGUAAAUAUGGAAAUAAGAUUUUGACAUAUCAUUUUCACAGAUUAUAUAUAGAGAGAAGGAUUUCCUUAAAAAAAGGUUCUAUUCUUUAUGUAAAUCUAUUUUUGAUGUUGGGUUUCUUUUUUUUUUGCUCCCCCUUUUCUCUAGCAUGUUGUACAGUGGGUGUUCUGGGCUUGCUCAAAAAAGGCAGAUAAUAGCAUGCAGAUGCAGGGAGAUCUGACACCAAACAGAUGUGAUCUGAAGUUUGUAUGCUUGAAACCAAAAACAAUUAAAAUGUAUAAAUGCAUAUCUGUGUAUUGACUGUAAGCCUCCUGGAUUACUUUUUUGGCUGUCAUGCAGAUUUUCUGUAUAUAAUGUAAGAAAGUGACACCCUCUCAAGUUAAUCACAGAAGUGCCAAUUUUUUUUUUUUUUUUAAAAACUUUAGCUAUUUUUUCUAUUUCCUGUGAAUUAAACUUAAAUAAGCCUUAAAAUACUCACAAAAUGUUAAAAACUUAAAAUGAGCUAUUCUUCUCUUCCCCCUACUGAACCAAACUGGUUUGCAAAGAUGACUGACGUUUCCAAAUCAUUCCUUCAACGUCUUUGAUGCAUAUCACUUUUCAAAGUAUAACACAAAAUUAGUAUUUUGACCCUUGCUACUGAUAGUUACUGUCACAAAAUGUGCAAAAACUCCAUAUAAUUUCAGAGGGUUUGUGUGUUGUAAUUACUUUUAGAUGUACCUUGUGUUUGAAUACAGAUUUUUGCAGUGAAGUGCUGAGCAGGUGUACUGUGCUUCUAGUAACCAACUAGCCCAGGCUUAUCUGACUUGAGAAGGUUAUGAAGCCAUCCAGUUUAGGCCACCCUUAAAAGCCUAAAGCCAUAAGGUCUGGUCAGUCCUUCUUGUGUUGACUUUACAUAAGCUGAUCUACAUGAGUGCAAGUGAAAUUACCUGAAAAUUCUACUGCUGCAACUGAUCAUCAGGAUCAAAGCCCUCUUCUGUAAUUUUGUUUUUAAUUUAGAAGUUGGAUAUCGCUAGCAAUGGAAGGCCAGUUGCAAGACUUACUCCAUCUUUGUUCAGUGGAAAUCAGUUGCUUGAGUUAGCUUUAAGGCUCAAAUAGAACAUUAGGAAAAAUGCUGCAGACUUCCCUGUGACUUACUUACUUACAAGAUCUUUUUUGGCUUUAAUUAUAUUUCAUAUUAUGAUAAUGUUGAAUCUGACUUAUUAUGAAGUGUUUUUUAAACAGCUUUAACAUAAUCACAUUAACACUUACUACAUGAGUUAAAGGUGCUGCACACAGGUAGUCAUCACUGAUACUACAUUAUAAAUCACGUUCUGAAAAAUUCCUGCCUGACUUCAGGUAGAAUUAAGUUAGUGACAAUUAAUACUUCUAUGGGGAACCAAAAAUACUUGCAACUCUAUCAUUGUUCUGUAAAACUAUGGCUUGGCUUGGCAACAUAAUCCCCAACUUUGUUAAACAAAGUUCCGCCUCCCAAAGCAAAUGGGGCCACAACAGAAACACUAGUGGUUACCAAAAAACUCCAACCAAUUGAAGAUACAUGAACUACCUGUGUAAUAAACCUUUGAGAAACAUUUCACAAACAACAUUGUAAAUGUGCGAUGUGAUGUUUUAAAUCAGACCACAGUGGUCCCCAACUACUAUGUACAUAUGCUAAGUGCUGGAGUAACUUUUUAUUUACACCAGCAAUUUCAUAGGAAGUACAAUUUCUCGAUUGAAUUUACCCACCACUCAUCAGCUGUCGCAUGCAUGCGUAAGAACACAUUCGCUUUCUGCUCUGUCUGUAGAGAAUGCAAGUGACAACACAGCUCAGAGUGGGUAUAGAUUAAGUGCUUUCUAUUAGAGUUAAAAAAAAUAAAGUGUUUUAGACAGAUAUUUAUUUUCUACAUCAUGCCUUUGAUAUGCUUUGGAGAAUACAUCAUAUGCAUUUAAUGUUAAUGUGUUCAUCACAAAGUCUCAUCAACAGAAGACACGGUCAGCAGCGUCUCCAUUUCACCCACUAUACGUUUGCUCUAUUUAUUGAUUCAUCUGGACAUGAACCUGUACAGUGACUGACUGUAUAACUCACACCAGUUUGCUGCAUGAUCCCUCUCAGUUGACCUGAUCCUCCUAAAAGAGAAAUCUAGUAGGCAAACUAAAAAAGAUAUAAUAGGUGCAUGUUAAGAAGGAACCAAUUACUUAAGACUGGCAUUAAAACAAAUUUUUCCCGUACUAUGCAAAGAUGGGUAUUGCACAAACAAAUUUAAGACAACUGUCUGAAGAAAUGCUAUAGAAUACUUGAAAUUAUGUUUAAGCCUCAUCAGUCAUGUUUUAUAUUCAUUAUUGUUUCCUCUGUUAUUCCUCCUUUUUAAAAAUGAUUUGUAAUUAUUUUAAGUGCACAACAAUGUUAUAAAUCAGUUUUUUGUUUGAAGGUAAUACUCAUUCAUAUCUUGUUGCCUGCUAAUGAAUGGAAAUUUAAUAGUCCUUGUUCUACAUCUUAGCAAAACGAGUAUUAAAAACUUCAUGAACAUGGAA